GCCUUGGACAUUAUGUCAACAGUGUGUUUGUUGACAGGGAGUUUCUUCCUCAUUUUAUGCGAGGUGUAUCAGUUAGCAAUGGAGUUUAUAAUUUGAAAGUACAAUUUUCCUCAUGAGAGUAAUUGGUGGCACGGGCAUAUUCUCUGAUAUAUAUUAAAGCUGUGUGACCUAUUUUUUUUCCGUGAGAAUUAAAAGUAGAGGAUUUCUGGAUCCUUCAUUCUGAACAAGAUCCUAAAAUAAUCUGCUUUGGAAGACUGGGCUAUAACUCAGUGAGUUAUAGAGUGUUUUCCUGGCGUGCUCAAUGCCCUGGGUUUGAUACUAAGAAUAAUAAUUAUUAUUUGCUUUGGCGUAGCAUUUCAAAAAUUGACAUUUCAAAUUGCUUAUUGAAUGUCUUGAGUACCUCAAAGUGUUAGGAAUUAAGUAGCCGCUUCAGGAAAUUGCUUUAUAUUAGCUAUCUAUUGAGCCAAAUAUGUUUCUUCAUAAUUUCUGUUAACCACGUUAUUUCAGGGCUAUACAGAAGAGAGUUGGCUUUCUGGUUAUUAGAUGGUUGUUCUAGGGACCGCCUUCUCUCUGCCGCUCUGCCCCUUCCAUAGUGCAUCACUGUGGUUUCACACCUAGGUUUUUGGCAUAGCUCCCUAACUGGUCUUCCAGCCUCCAGCCUCAUCCCUCUCCAGUCCGUUUUUAAUGCUGCACUCUAAACUUAGCAGUGUUCUAUUUCCCACCAACGUGGUGAGUUAGUUCUUUGCCUUGAUGCUGUAGCAAGAUACUUGACAAAAGCGGUUUAGGAAGAAAGAAAGGUUCAUUUGGUCUGGGUUCAGGGUUAUGAACAGGGCAUGCACAGAGCAGGACAAUAGUGUUGUCGGGGCUUGAGACGGACAGCCGUGUCCACAACCGGGAGGCGGAGGGAGGUAAAUGCCUCUGCUAAGCCAACUUUUCCCGUCUUCUGUAGUCUGGAACCUGCUGAGUGGUGUCAUUCACAUUUAGUUAGGUGUCAACUAACCUAAUCUAGAUAAAGCUCUUCAGACAUGCCCAGAAAUGUGUUUCUAUGGUCCCUCUAGAUCCUGUUGGCUUGACUGUAUUAACCAUGUGCUAUAAAGAGUGCUUUGAUGCCCAGACACUUUUUCUGUCUACAACCUCUUUUUGAAGCGUUUCUCUAAAACAGCUUGCUUUUGCUUUGACUCCUUAUCUUAUCCUUUUAUACUUAGGAGCCCGAACGUUACUGCCUCUGGGAAGCCUUCCACAAACCUUCUGCCUGCUCCUACAGCACCCUCCACCUCUCCACGUGCAGCCCUCACUACACUUUUCCGCCAUGGAUCCUUUAGUUUCUGUCCCUCACUAGACUGAAGCUCCCAAGAACGAGGGCAAUAUUUUGAUCAUGGUUGCAUCUCCAUGCCCAGCACAAUACUGUAAAUAAUUCUUGGAAGAAUGGCAGCUAGUGUUUUUUGCAUGGCCCAAAGGGGCCCUGUGCUGCUCCACUACAGAGGAAACUUCAAGAAAUGCUGGUUUUCUACAGUGUUUUAGCUUGUGAGAGUCUCUGGGACCUUCCCUGCUCCAUCAUGGGGUCACCUCUAGGUCAUUUUACCUGGGACAAAUACCUAAAAGAAACAUGUUCAGUCCCAGCGCCUGUCCAUUGCUUCAAGCAGUCCUAUACACCUCCAAGCAAUGAGUUCAAGAUCAGCAUGAAAUUGGAAGCACAGGAUCCCAGAAACACAACAUCCACCUGUAUUGCCACAGUAGUCGGACUGACAGGUGCCAGACUCCGUCUGCGCCUUGAUGGCAGUGACAACAAGAAUGAUUUCUGGAGACUUGUUGACUCCUCUGAAAUCCAACCAAUUGGAAACUGUGAGAAGAAUGGUGGGAUGCUGCAACCCCCUCUAGGAUUUCGGCUGAAUGCCUCCUCUUGGCCCAUGUUCCUUUUGAAGACACUAAAUGGAGCAGAGAUGGCUCCCAUCAAGAUUUUCCAUAAGGAGCCACCAUCACCUUCCCACAACUUCUUCAAAAUGGGAAUGAAAUUAGAAGCUGUAGACAGAAAGAACCCUCAUUUCAUUUGUCCCGCCACUAUUGGAGAAGUUCGAGGCUCAGAGGUGCUCGUCACUUUUGAUGGGUGGCGAGGAGCGUUUGACUACUGGUGCCGCUUUGACUCCCGGGACAUCUUUCCUGUGGGCUGGUGUUCUUUGACUGGAGAUAAUCUGCAGCCACCUGGCACCAAAGUUGUGAUUCCAAAGAAUCCUUCCCCUUCGUCUGAUGUGAACACAGAGAAGCCCAGCAUCCACAGCACCAAAACUGUCUUGGAGCAUCAACCAGGGCAGAGGGGGCGCAAACCAGGAAAGAAGCGGGGCCGAACACCCAAGAUUCUUAUUCCCCAUCCCACCUCUACCCCAUCCAAGUCAGCUGAACCUUUGAAAUUUCCAAAGAAGAGAGGUCCCAAGCCCGGCAGUAAGAGGAAACCUCGGACUUUGCUGAGCCCUCCGCCCACCUCACCAACAACCAGCACCCCUGAACCGGAUACCAGCACUGUUCCCCAAGAUGCUGCCACCAUCCCCAGUUCAGCCAUGCAGGCCCCCACAGUGUGUAUCUACCUGAACAAGAGCGGCAGCACAGGCCCCCACUUGGAUAAGAAGAAGAUCCAACAACUCCCUGACCAUUUUGGGCCAGCCCGCGCCUCUGUGGUGUUACAGCAGGCUGUCCAAGCUUGCAUUGACUGUGCUUAUCACCAGAAAACUGUCUUCAGCUUCCUCAAGCAGGGCCACGGCGGUGAGGUCAUCUCAGCCGUGUUUGACCGGGAACAGCACACCCUCAACCUCCCAGCAGUCAACAGUGUCACCUACGUCCUCCGCUUCCUGGAGAAGCUCUGCCACAACCUUCGGAGUGACAGUCUGUUUGGCAACCAGCCCUUUACACAGACGCACUUAUCACUCACUGCCACAGAGCACAGCCACAGCCACGACAGGUACCUACCAGGUGAGACCUUUGUCCUGGGGAAUAGCCUGGCCCGGUCCUUGGAGACACACUCAGACUUGAUGGACUCUGCCUUGAAGCCUGCCAACCUUGUCAGCGCCUCCCAAAACCUUCCAACUCCUGGGUAUCGGCCCUUGCUUCCGUCCUGCGGCCUGCCAUUGAGCACUGCCUCUGCUGUGCGUAGGCUCUGUUCGAGGGGAGUGUUAAAAGGAACAAAUGAAAGAAGAGAUAUGGAAUCAUUUUGGAAACUGAGUCAUUCCCCAGGGUCAGAGCGCUAUCUGGAGAGUCGAGAACCCCCUCGCCUAAGUGGCCGGGACCCCUCCUCAUGGACAGUGGAGGAUGUGAUGCAGUUUAUCCGGGAAGCCGAUCCUCAGCUUGGAUCCCAUGCUGACCUCUUCCGCAAACAUGAGAUCGAUGGCAAGGCCCUGCUCCUGCUGCGCAGUGACAUGAUGAUGAAGUACAUGGGCCUGAAGCUGGGGCCCGCCCUCAAGCUCUGCUUUCACAUUGACCGGCUGAAACAGGGCAAGUUCUGAACAGAAGACAUUCUUCUCCCAGAAGCCACCAGCCAGCUCCCAGGCACCUUAGUAGGGCUCUGGGUGACCUCAGGACUCUAGGAAGCUGGAGAACCACCACUGCUGCCCCUCCUGCCAUGACGUGUCCUUCCAUGAAGGACUGAGGAGGGAAGAAGUGGGCCCAGGGCUGGUGCUGCUCUUCCCCUUAGCCUGCUGUGGCUCCCAGGCCCCUUCUAUUUAUUUCUCAAGGCUAGCCAGCCUCUUACCAGAAGUUUAGACUGGGCACCUUGCAAGAGAUGGAAGAAGCCAACCCUAGGGCUUUGAAAGGCCCUGGCACCAAGGCCCUUACCACUUCCUGGGCGUGGUUUAGUGUCCCUUGGCCCCCAGCUCAUGCCUUCUCAACAGAUCCCCAGACUCUGAACUUAUGGUGCAGAAUUUUUUUUAAGAUCAUUUCUUACUGCUAAUUUAUUGCUUCUGGCACUUGGAUUUAAUGCUUUUCUUGCACCAGACAUUUUUGGGAAGGGGGAGACCACCCUCUGGUCCAGAGAAGUGUGUCCCUAUUUCAGAGGACACUGCCCUAGGGCACUUUCUCUCUAGAAUGGCUGGAACUAUAUGGCUCCCUGAGCAUGGAACAGUGAGGGUCCCGCUUCCCACACUGGGACCUUUGUGGCCCCAGGCUCUAUCUCUAAUGGAGUUCCCCUCUCCCCUGCCCCCAUCACAGCUCCCUGCCCUGGUCAGAAUUGCUGCAAAAGAUGGGGCCUAAUGCCUUUAGGCCACAGGGCCCCAAUAGUGGGAGGGAGGACCUCAAGGCUGGAGGGGUUUUGCCUUCUCCUAGCUCCUGUGCUUCUUCCUAAGCAAGUCAGCAGCACUGCUGCCCCACUGCCAUUUGAACUAUUUUAUGUCAGUUUGUUUAUAAAUAAAAAACAAUACAAAUGCCCGUGUCUUUUUAACCAGUUGACUUCCAAAUCACUCAGCAAGCAGGUAACCCCUUCACUUAGCCUUGGUUUUCACACACACAAAACAAGGAGCCUGAGCAAGAUUAUCUAGCCCUAGGAACUCUUCUUCCUCACAGUCCACAAGAACAGGUCCAUGGCACCCAGCACCUUGCAGGCCCCAGGCACAACCCUAGCUGCUUGCCUCUGUCAGGUAGACAGAUAUUAGUACUACAGUUUCAUCAAGCCAAGAAGCAAUCCAAGAACCAACAACUCCCAGAAGCCUCAUUCUCCUCAUGGGGUGAGAAACGAGGUAACACAGGUCUGCGUGGUACCCACUGCACUGACCAGGGCCUGGUACCCAAGCCCAGGGUCAUCCCGCCUGUUGGCUUACAGUGGGAGUGGGUUUGCAGAAGGUGGAGAAGGCUGUCUGGAACCACAGCAUAGCACAAGACUACCAGAGAUAACAGCCAGGGAGCACAUACCUCACUGCUGCUGUGACUCAGAGCUGUGGUCAGCCAGAGCAGACAUGGCUGCAGUUGCCAGGUCUUCACAGAGCCGCAUUUGGCCACCCUGUGUGGUUGGGCCUCUCCUUGCUGUACACCAUUGCCUUAUAUUUCCGUCAAGAUUCUGCCUCCAAUCCUACAAGCAACAAAAGUCCA